GCAACUCCAACCCAUCAAAACCCACCCAAAAAAAAAAAAAAAAAUCCCAAUUCCAAGAGUAAGAAACCAUGAAAUCCACUGUUGCAAUCCCUCUUCGUGUUUUAGUAGCAACCCUUCUUGUAUUUCUGUCCAAAGCCCAAGAUUUUGAUUUCUUCUACUUGGUUCAGCAGUGGCCUGGAUCCUACUGUGACACCCAGCAAAGUUGUUGCUAUCCCGCAACCGGAAAACCCGCAGCGGAUUUCGGCAUUCAUGGGCUUUGGCCAAAUUACAAUGACGGAUCAUACCCGUCCAAUUGCGACCCUGACAGCCCUUUCAAUCCAUCAGAGAUCAACGACCUGACUAGUAAGAUGCAAACCAACUGGCCCACCCUUGCUUGUCCGAGUGGCAACGGGCUCAAGUUCUGGGAACACGAAUGGGAGAAGCAUGGAACGUGCUCGGAGUCCGUCCUCGACCAACACGGAUACUUCCAGGCAGCACUCACCCUCAAGAAACAAGUGAAUCUCCUCCAAAUACUAGAGAAUGCAGGGAUUCAACCGAACGGUGGAUUUUACAGCCUAAGCAGCAUAAGCACGGCGAUAAGAGAAGCGACUGGUUACACACCAGGGAUCGAGUGCAACGUGGAUGAAAAUCGUAACAGUCAGUUGUAUCAGAUCUACAUGUGUGUGAACACUUCAGCAUCGAACUUCAUCCAGUGCCCUGUGCUGCCGAAUAGCAGGUGUUCCUCACAACGGAUCGAAUUCCCUUCUUUUUAAGGGGGAAAAAUGAAGAACAGAUGGAGAUGGUCCGCCCAUCAUAGUUCUCGAACUCUUUACUGUUUUUCUCCUUCGACUUUGUGAAAUUGAUUAAAAGCAUUCGUGUUGCUAAUAAUAAAAAUGAAAUUGAAAUGCAUACAAUGUAUUGAUGCAGUUUUUUGGUCA